UGGCCGCCUGCAACACCGGUGAAGCCGUUUUGGGUUUUGAGCCAGCUUCAUGGCCGCCUUGGUAAGCUUGCAGACGCUGAAGAUCCCCCUUUUCUUGCCCAGCGUGGCAUCAGACAGCUUCGCUCUGUCUGAAAGUUCUGCUCGCUGUUCGUACGGGGCACGUAGGCUGCCGAUUCUGGUCGCCUAUAAUAUAAGUCCCUGCAGGCUGCAGCCCCGCAAGCCUGGAGCUUCAGGUCAUUCUGCAAUUUGCCUUCCGCACCUCACUCCAGACUCUCCACCCUCCACAAGAUGAACACGUACUUCGCUGUCGCUGCCGCCGCCCUGGCCUUCGUCGCCUCCGUCAACGGUGAGGCCUGCUCGGCCACCCAGCAGGCUUCCGCCUACACGUCCAUGGUGGGUCUGCUGCAGGGCACGGCCCUCAACACGUGCGCCUCGGACUCGGGCUACAACAUGCUGUACGCCACGUCGCUGCCGACGGCCGAGCAGACCGCCGCCAUGUGCAAGGUGGACGCUUGCCACGAGCUCAUCAAGAACGUGCAGGCUACCAACCCGCCUGACUGCGACCUCAACAUCCCCACCAGCGGUGCCGUCAUGAACGUCAAGAGCCUGGCCGACAACUUCGAGCCUGGAUGCUCGUCCUCGACUCCGGCCACGGAGGCCCCGGCUGCCCCGGCUGCUACGACCGCCGCUCCGGCUCCGGCCGCCGCGACGGAUGCUCCCGCUACGGAGGCUCCGGCCGCUGAGACGACCCCCGCUACCCCUGAGCAGCAGUCGACCACCCCGGCCGCCACCCCUGCUGUCACGCCGGCUGCCACCCCGACCACCCCCAUUGCGUGCUAAGCUGUCAAGUGGCUUGCUAGAAGUCAGCAACGAUAUUUCGUACCGCCCCCUUCGUUAAUAAGAGGCACAUGUGCCACAUUUUGUUUAUAAGCUGGUGUGUUUGCAUGGCGUUUGAACUCGGUUUUAGUGAUUGUAGUGCUGUUGACGAACAAGGUUUCAAAACCUCUCUUCGAACACCAAGCAAUCGUCGUCGUAAUCUUUGCGAAUGCAACCGUUUUCGACAAUGAUUGAGUGUCUCGGAUCGUGUAACCGAAGUCAAGGCCAUUCGGGUGUAAAAUAUUCUUCCACUGAAGGAAGUACUACGGAAAGCAAGUGCCUUCUUAUCACCAAAGGAAGGCCUUUGGAUGAUAAAUGCUCCGAGAUUCUCUAUGUUGAAUUAACUAUAGAGUCCUGUAGAUUCUGUAGCCUAUGUCUGAUACUUCUAACUUACUACAUGUAGUAGUAACGAUGUUGGUGGCCAUCUUGGGUUAGUUGUUCUCAAACAGCGUUGUCUUUGACUUUCUUGUAGUAUAACUGGGAGAUUUUUGAUCUCGAAG